AUGCCCCGCAACGGAGAAGGUCACGUCGCCGACAACGCAACAGAAACCGGCCACAACCUUGCCCACGGCGCACCUGAGUCUGGCAAAGACGCCCCAGUAUCCUCCGGCGUCGACCGCAGCCACAAAGCCGCCGCAGCACCCGAGCAUGAGGACGGUGAGGGCAUUGGCGCAACCGGCCAGGCAUCGAUCGUUACAGGGAGCGGAAAGGGUCCUGAGAAGGCCACGGUUGACGAGCAGGCGGAGAAGUUGAGCAAGUGA